UUAGGUAAUGCUGGCUGAUCGCGGGGAACGGACGAGGAAGAAUCACUAACCACGGCUUCGACCGUCAACCUCAGUAUAUUAUAUGGAAAAACCCUAGCUCGAAGAUUUAGAACGAUUAUUUCGACAUUUUCUUCCCAAGGAACCCACUGCUACCCUGUGUAGGCCCUUGACCAAUCCACUGCGGCUAUCUCCAACGCUCGCCGCGAAGUCCUGGCGGUUUCCCCCAACAUCCCAACGCCACCACACAUAUAUUAUUGCCCUCACUCGCCAUUCCCCUCACCCUCCCCGCCCACUCUUGUUCUUAUAUAUAUAUAUAUAUUAUAUGUAGUGGGAGAACCGAAAAUACAAAGACAUUUUUCAAAGCCUUCAAAGAAUAUUAGACCGUCACAGAUUUCCUAGCCCCUGCCAGUUCACCCAACUAGUAGUUCACGAUGGCCACUUCUGCUGCAGCGGGGCUGCUCGGCCGCCAAUUGAAGCAGAUGCAAACAGAUAAGGAUAUCCCGGGAAUAAGCUGCGGGCUGGCGAACGAUAACAUAUUUGAAUGGGAGGUUAUGCUCAUGAUCUCGGAUGAGUGUAAAUUUUAUGGCGGCGGCUUUUUCUGCGCUCGACUAACCUUCCCCCCGGAGUAUCCUCAUAUGCCGCCGACGAUGAAAUUUGAAACUCCAAUAUUCCACCCAAAUAUCUACCCUAACGGCGAAGUCUGCAUAUCCAUCCUACAUCCCCCCGAGGACGACAAAUAUGGCUACGAGUCUGCUGCCGAGCGCUGGUCGCCAGUGCAGACCCCCGAAACCAUUCUCCUCAGCGUUAUCAGCAUGCUUUCUAGUCCCAACGAUGAGAGUCCCGCAAAUGUGGAAGCUGCAAGACUCUGGCGGGAGGACCCGAAGGAGUUUAAGAAGAGAGUACGGCAAUGCGUGAGGCAGAGUUUGGGCGAGGAGUAACUGGAGGGUUUCGUUUCGAUUGGUGGUGGAGCUGUUCAGCUUUUUUUUUUUUUUUUUUUGUGUGUGUGUUGCUUCGCUUUCUCAUUAUUAUUUCCGGGCAUUUUCUUUUUCAUAUAUUUUCUUUUCUUUUUCUCCUUGUUUUCCCGUUUCUUGUUCAGGUUCAUGUUUUCAGUAAAAGGCGUUCAGACCAGGGGCGCCUUUUUAUACGUUGCAUUGUUAUAUCCUGCUUCUUAUUUGCUAGCCAUAACUAAUGACGCAGGACAUCUCCACUUUACUUCUCCUGAUUUAUGUUCUCACUUGCUCGAUACUAGGAUGAGUGGUCUGGUGUGUGUCUUGGGGAUCUGAGCACGGACAGGGUCUAAUUAGCUGGAUGCUUUGUUCUUGCAACUAGAUUUUUAUUUUUUAUUUUUUAUAUUUUUUGAGAGCCCAAUCUCUGUUCUAAUCUGCAUGUGAGUUUUUGAAUCAAGUUGCGUUUUCUUCCGAA